AUGGCUUCCGAAGCCACAUUACCCAUGGGCAAACCCAAGCCAAAAAGCGCUGCAAAUGAAUAUGUUCACACCAUAUUCAUGACCCCGGAAGAAUCCGACCUAAUGCGAAAAACCGUACAAACUAGAAUACAAAAAUGUCGAGAACAAAAAGGCCAGGCUCGCAAGCCCAGAGACCGCAAAGAAGCUGUAAGCGAAGCCACUCAAGCGGGUAUAAUGGCCGACAUGUCUGGAGAGCCCGAUCAAGGAAUGUCGACAAGCAAUCGAAGCGAUGCUAUGGUUGCUCUGGCCGUGGGAAUGUCUUUUCCACCAUGUACCGCCAAAUUGGAGGAUCUUACACCGAUGAAGAUCUCUGAGCUACAGAUUGAUACGCAUCAUCGUGGUCGAGUGCUCAACGUUCGUCGAGCUCAAGUUAGAGUUCGUCUCUCUGCUCCCGCAGUUCCGCUCGUAGCAUAUUCCUGGACAGUCGUUGAGGAUGAUGCAGGCGAAGUAGAGCGACUUGAAGUAUACCUCCACAAGGUCAAAGGAGGUGAAGAUAUGCUGGAAGCGGGACCUUGGUUCAAAAUCAAGGAGCCAUAUUUCACGAUCAAUGAACAGGGAGAGCCGACGAUUAGAGUCCAUCACCCUUCAGAUUUGAUACGCAUGCCAGACGAACAAAUGGGGAGGAUCAUCAGAACUCAACAGARAUGCAAGGACUUGGGAAAUGCAGCUCUCAAAAAGAAGGAGUUUUGGGAAGCUCAUGCCUUUUAUACCCAAGGUCUUGAGUCAAAGCCAAAGGAGGGUGAGCCCGACAUGUCCAAAGACAUCCACCGCAAUCGGGCCCAUGUCAACCUGAUAUUGAGUCGAUUUGACGAAGCCAGAGCCGAUGGAAUAGCCGCGAUCACCGGGAUCGCAGACGAGAAGUACAAGCUUCUGGACAGCAAAGCCAACUUCCGAGCAGGCUCUGCAGCAUACAGUCUAGGAGAAUUCGUCGAAGCUCAAAAGCUCUUCCAAUCAGCUCUGGAAUUAUCACCAGAAGACAAAGACACGGCCACAUAUCUGCGCAACAUCGAUGCUCGACUCAACGAACAGCGUUCCGGCGAAUACAGCUUCAGUAAAAUGCGACUCAAACUUUCCACAGCUCGUCCAAGAGUAGACGCCGGAACUUUCUCCAACAGAAUCAAGACAGACAAAAGCUCACUCKGUGGAAGAGGAAUGUUCGCCGCCCAAGACAUCCCGACCGGAGACCUGAUCCUCUGCGAGAAAGCUUUCCGCGUAGCAUGGAAUCACGAAAAGGACGCUUGGACAGCARUGACAUUCGAUGCGCGAGACGAGAAGAUUCGAGCCUUCCCAGCCGGUCUCUCCAAAGUCGUAGUCCAAAAACUCCUCAACAACCCCAGCCAAAUCGCCAAAGUCAUGCAACUUUACAGCGAUUGGCAAAGCAUCGGGACCGAAACCAUCAUGGGAGAAGACGGUCCCGUGGUCGAUACUUUUCAAAUCCACGAUAUUGUCUGCCGAAACGCUUUCGGUCCUGGCCCAGUCGAUCCCUCUCAAAACGAAGAUGCGCGAUACGCAAGCACUGGAUUGUGGCUCAUUGCCGCGACUGCGAAUCAUUCCUGCUUGGCGAAUGCUAACAAGGAAUAUAUCGGGGACAUGCUCAUCUUGCGUGCAAAUCGGGAUAUAGUUGCAGGGGAAGAGAUUACGCACAGCUAUGAUGAGUCCACGGACUAUGAUGCCCGACAAACCAAAUUGGAGACCACGUGGGGGUUUCGAUGCGUUUGUAAGCUUUGCGAAGCGGAGCAGGCGGAUGGUGUGGAUGUGCGAGGGAAGAGACGUGAGUUGGAAGGUUCUGUGGCUGCGUUUCUUGAUCGGGAACAUCCUUCUGGUAACUCGAAGAAGAUGGUUAUUAUGAAGGCUGAAAGAUUGGCAAAGGAUAUCAACGCAACGUUUGAUGAGGAGAGGUAUAAGGGUUUGCCGAGGAGGGCAUUGUUACCGAUACAGAGCUGGCUCGAGAAAGUUGUCAAAAAGUAG